AUGGGCUGUCAACGACUCAGGAUCGAUGUCGUCUUCAACCCAGAGGUGUUGACCAAAGCAAUGGACACUACGGACGGGGGAGAAUACAAACGGACUAUAUGCCAUUUGGCUUUGUCCGGAGUGGGCCGUAAGUACGGCAUGGAUUCCCUCGACUUGGAUAACUUCGUCACGCCUAAGAUGAGAUAUAAAGGUGAGGAGGAAAAGGAGGAGGAGGAGGAGGAGGAGGAGGUCACUGAGCUUUAG